AUACCGGCGCGGGCGCGUCGGGCGCGGGCACGGCGCCGCCGCCUCGGGCGACCGAUGAUUUUGCUGAUGCACAAGUUGGCGCGCCGGUGGCCGUUAACCGCGUGGCAAUACGUUUGCCGCCAUUUUGGCCGGACGAUCCCGAAGUCUGGUUUGGACAAGCAGAGGCGCAGUUCCACGUGUCAGGUAUUAAGGACGACGCCACGAAAUUUUAUUGCGUCGUUGCUCAACUCGAUCACAGGUAUGCCAAAGAGAUUAAAGGUAUUAUUAAGAAUCCCCCAGCUACUGAUAAAUACCCAAAGUUAAAGGCUGAAUUAACUAAGUACCUGUGUGUUUCCCGUCAGCAACAGAUUACCCAGGUGCUUUCUAACGAGGAGCUGGGGGACCGCAAGCCCUCGCAAUUUCUGCACCAUUUACAACAUCUGGCUGACGGCGGAAUGAACGACGAGUUUAUGAAAAGUAUGUGGAUGAAAAGGUUACCGACGCAUGUUCAACCUAUUUUAAUUUCGCAGGCCUCAGCCAGUUUGGAGGAGCUAGCGGAUCUCGCCGACAGAAUUUGCGAGGCCACGUCACCGUCGCCGCCAUUACACGUGGCGGCCGCGACGUCCGAUUUCGGCGGGUUAUUGAAACGCAUCGACGACCUGACACGUGCACAGUCCGAGAUGAUUAAGCAAAUUGCGCAAAUGUCCAUGCAUCAAGGCCGAGGGCGCUCAACAUCUCGUCGAGGAGGCAACGCGAGAUCGAGGAGCAGGGGUCGGAGCCGAAGUAGAACUGCAGGUACGUGUUGGUAUCAUUCUAUUUUUGGUGAAAAAGCGAAGAAAUGCACUACCCCCUGCAACUACUCGUCGGGAAAUGCAAGCGGCUCUCAGUAAACGCGGCGACUGAUUGCCGCGCCACAAGCCGCCUCUUCAUAACCGACAAAAGGUCUAAAUUGCAGUUCCUUAUUGAUACCGGUUCCGACCUCUGCGUGGUACCACGUGGGAAUUGGCCCGAUGGCAAACCGACUGAGUACAGCCUCACCGCUGCCAACGGCACUCCUAUCCAGACAUAUGGGACCGUCACACUGCACCUUGACCUGGGCCUACGGCGAGACUUCGUGUGGAACUUCGUGGUAGCUAACGUUGGCAAGCCGAUCAUCGGAGCAGAUCUCCUCGCACACUAUGGGUUGCUCGUGGACUGUCAGGACGGUAGAUUGAUAGACAAGCUAACCACUCUCUCCACAGCAGCGAUACGGAUGAAAUGCGACAUCUCCAGCAUCAAGACGAUUUCCGGUGACAGCGAGUACCACGCCCUGCUUUCAAAGUACUCGCAACUUACCAAACCGUCAGGCAUCACACGUCAAGUGAAGCAUAACACCGUUCAUUUUAUCCGUACCUCACCAGGGCCUCCAGUAUUUGCCAGACCACGCCGCCUGGCUCCCGAUAGGCUGAAGGUGGCUAAAGAGCAGUUCGAGGAGAUGGUUAGAGACGGCACCGCUCGUCGCUCCGAUUCACCUUGGGCUUCUGCGCUUCACCUCGCUCCAAAACAGGACGGCUGGAGACCUUGCGGGGACUACCGCGCGCUUAACGCGCGAACAAUUCCGGACAGAAGCCACAGCGAGCACCUGGAGCACCUGGAGCAGGUUUUCAAACGCCUGGCGGAGUAUGGCCUGCUCAUCAACGAGAGGAAAUGCGUGUUUGGUCAGCGCGAGGUAACCUUCCUGGGUUUUCACAUAUCGGAGCAAGGUACGCGCCCUCUGGAUACCAGGAUCGAGGUCAUUCGAGAUUUCCCUCCUCCGAAGACUGUAAGCGGCCUACGCAACCAUAUAGAUUAG